AUGAUUAUACUCUCAGAUACGGCCUACCCCGAAGCAGAAAAGCUAUCUGGCCAAGCGUACCUUGCAUCACUCGCUGCGUUAGACUCGGCACAACAGUACACUGCCGUAGCCAGGGAACAGGCGAGCAUCCAUGGAGCCAAGCUUUACGAAGAAG